AAGCUAGAGCCCUAGUGAGGCAACAAUAACCCUACCCUUUUCCACUUCCCCCAUGGCUUUCAGAGUUCUUAUGCUGCUGCUUCUCUCGUGCCUGCUGGCUCAUGGCAUUAGGUUAGGGAUGGCACAGUCCUACGACCCUUGCGAAAAUCUAACCGACUACCAAUACAAGCCAUCCGAGCAGCUGCCCCAUGGCCGUCGACAUUUCCCCAACGGCUUCGUGUUUGGCUCAGCCACAGCUGCUUACCAGGUCGAAGGUGCUGCAAAUACGGAUGGCAGAGGCCCUAGUAUUUGGGACAGAUUUGCUCAUGAGUUUCCAGAUAGGAUAGCCGAUUGGAGCAAUGGAGAUGUGGCACUGGACCAUUAUCGCAAUUACCCCGAGGAUAUCCAAAGGAUGAAGGCAAUGAAUUUGGAUGCUUACCGAUUCUCCAUCUCCUGGACUAGAAUCUUUCCACAUGGCAGGAUGCAGGACGGAAUCAAUGAUGCAGGAGUCCAGUUUUACCACAACCUACUCGAUAUGCUCAUUGAAAACAGACUGGAGCCAUACGUGACCAUAUGGCAUUGGGAUACCCCUCAAGCCCUGGAAGCUGAGUAUGGUGGAUUCUUAAGCCGAAACAUUGUGAAGGAUUUCAAGGAUUACUGCAACUUCUUGUUCAGCGAGUAUGGCGACAAAGUAAAGAAGUGGAUCACUUUGAACGAGCCGAUGGUCCAUGUUCAGCGAGGCUAUGAUGAAGGGCUGCACGCACCGGGACGCUGCUCCGGACGGGCAAACAGAAAGUGUGUAGCCGGAGACUCUGCAACUGAACCUUACAUCGUCACCCACAAUCUCCUUCUUGCUCAUGCCGCUGCUUACCGUUUGUACGAGGAAGAGUACAAGGUCCAUGAUCAAAAAGGGGUUGUCGGGAUCACCAUAGUCACGUUCUGGUUCCUUCCAUAUAACCCUGAUGCUAUAGCGGACCGUUUUGCUGUCGACAGAUCUCUGGACUUCAAUUAUGGCUGGUACUUGGAUCCUAUUCACUAUGGUCGCUACCCAAGAAGCAUGGUGGAUCUAGUGGGACCUCGUCUGCCAACCUUCACAAACCAAGAGUCGGACAUGCUCAAGAAGUCGUACGAUUUUAUAGGCCUCAACUACUACACCACCUAUUAUGCCAAGAACAACGCCGAGUUCGACCCCGUGCAUCUUCGAUACACUCGCGACUCCCACGCCAUUACUACUCGUACGUACUCCCAAUUCCUUGCUGCAUCGCAGAUGGGUUCCACGUGGCAGUAUAAGUAUCCGGAGGGGCUCCGAAAUCUUUUGAAUUACACCAAAAACACGUAUGACGAUCCUGAUAUUUACAUCACCGAGAACGGAAUGGGGACGCAGGAGGACCCUGAACAGAAACUUGAAGAGGCCAUAGCCGACACCAUGCGGGUCGAAUUCUACAACGACCAUCUCGCGAGCAUUUACCAGGCCAUUAAGGAGGAGAAGGUGAAGGUGAAAGGGUUCUUCGCCUGGUCGUACGCCGACAACUACGAGUGGAACGACGGGUACUCGGUCCGGUUCGGGCUCAACUACGUCAACUACACGGAUCUCUCCAGGCACCCUAAGCACUCUGCCUGCUGGUACUCCCAUUUCUGCCGCCGUAGUGAACAACCCAAGGACGAUAACAAAGCUGAUAAACGCCAGCACUUCUGCCGCCGGCGGUCGCAAGGCUCUCCGCAGCGCUGCAGCAUACGCUAAUUAAUCAACUAAUGAUCGGUGCCCUUCCGCGCCCAUUCUAGCUUAAGAUCGAUGGUACUGUUUGGUAUCUGUCUUGACGACAACGGAAUAAUUGAGUGAGAGGAAUAAGCUAGAAGGAUCCGACUGUCACUACACUGAGCAUGAUUCUAAUGUAAGACAUGAUCAGUGUUGUUAUCCUUUUCAUUUCUCUGUGCGUAGCAAUAAACUGUUGUUGUUCAGGGAAAGACGACGGAUAUGAUAUGUUGUACUGUGUACUGUUGUUGUUCAAUAAACUAGUGUUAGACUCCGUACUUCACCAUCUACCAUCCUAUACUAUACACAUUGGCA